AUGAAUGGCAGCAAGCAUGAUCCGUUAGCGUACACUACAGGCAUUGAGGCCAUCUGGCUGCUGUGCACAGGAGCAAGAGAAGCUGCUUUCAGGAACAUCAAGACGAUUGCAGAGUGCCUGGCUGAUGAGUUGAUCAAUGCAGCUAAGGGUUCCUCUAACUCUUACGCCAUCAAGAAGAAGGACGAGUUGGAGAGAGUUGCCAAGUCCAACCGUUAAACAUGUUUGCUGUCUAACAAAACAAAUAAAUGUGGAGGAAUUUCUGUUGGA